AUGAAAACCUUUGUUGGGUGGCAGACAGUGUUGGGCAGUGCGAAGCCCCGCGAUGAUGUCAAACGUUCUCAGAUGAAUGCAAUACGUAUUGACCUCUGGGGUACAUUGACUCUGCAAAGCUUCCCCUGGUCCCGCUUUCGUGUUACCGCCUCCCGCGACAUGUCAUGCUACACUUCUCCUGGCAUUAAAAAGAAAUAUUGCCUUCUGCAACAGACAUGUGAAUGCAUCUACGCCACUGUGGAUGCACUAUACUCUUCCACCAAACCUUUCCCAACAUAUGCACAAUGUUUGUCCCUCUCCGAGCCCCAAAAGGACGUAUCGCGAUCCGCAAAAUGGACACAGACCACUCUCCAGCCUUAA